AUGGUCGAGGUGGUCGACCAGAUCCGCGAUGCCGCAUCCUGCCUGCAGAACCUCUUAGCUACGUUCAAGCGACUAGAGGAGUCAAACGCGUUGCGCGUAACAUGCAAUGGAUCCACCACAAGCGGCUUGAAGGCCCGGGUGCGGGAGCUCGAAGCACAAGUCGACGAAAGGGCGCACGAGACGGCGCGACUUCGUGGACAAGUGCAUGACUUGGAAGGGCAAAUCCGACAUGUCGUGGAGCAAAAGGACGUCGAAAUUGCCAAACUUCACGCGCGACUGGAAGCACUGGACGAACAAUUGAAGCAGGCUGAGUCGGACGGAGAAGGCAGUGACGAAUGGACGCACCACGCCGACACGAUUCCAAGCCCCAAGAGUCCGCAUCAUGGAGGAAGCAUGGGGUAUCAAUUCGAGGACGACUUUGACGACGACGACCCACCUGUCGCCUCCCCCGACGCCGGAAGUCCAAGCGUGCGCCGCCAUCGCGCGUCGUUCAGUUUGCUGCAGUGUAGCAGUAGCGACAACGUCCGGGAUGUGUUCAUUCCGCCCCAUCGGACCAUUCGAACCAAAUGCCAUGCGAAAAACAACGUGCAGAUGACGUGGACGAACGCAAGUCGCGGGCCCAAGACGAUUCUGCUAGUGAAGAAACCCAACGAGCCCACCGUCGCGCAGACGAUGCGAGAGGUGGCCACGUGGCUCAUGACCGCCAAACACAUGCGCGUGUUCCUGGAGCCCGUGGUGCAUGCCGAGGAAGGUCUGGACGGGACGCUGACGUGGACGGACGCGGCGGACUGGCACGACAAGCAGCACGAGAUCGACUUGGUCGUGUCGUUUGGGGGAGAUGGCACGGUGCUGUGGGUGUCGUCUCUGUUCAAGACGAACGUGCCGCCCGUGUUUUCGUUUGCGAUGGGGUCGCUCGGCUUUCUCACGCCGUUCGAAGUGGCCCGCUACGAAGACCACUUGAGCAAACUCAUACGCGGCGGCUUCAACUUGUCGCUGCGACAUCGUCUGGUGUGCACGAUUACGCCCCACGUCGAGACCAUCGCCAUGCCCGUGCAUGCCCUCAACGAAGUGGUCAUGGACAGGGGCCUCGGCGCCGCGCUCGUCGAGUUGGACUGCUUCUGCGAUGACGUGGCACUCACAAAGAUCAGCGCCGAUGGCAUCAUCAUUGCAUCGCCCACGGGCUCCACGGCGUACUCGUUGUCUGCGGGUGGCAGCAUGACCCAUCCAAGUGUACCGUGCAUGCUGUUUACGCCUAUUUGCCCACAUACGUUAUCGUUUCGGCCGCUGCUGUUCCACGACAGCGCCGUGCUGAAGAUCGUCGUACCAGCUACCGCCCGGUCCAGUUCGGUGAUGGUCUCAUUUGAUGGCAAAAUGCGCGUGCAGAUGAACCGCGGCGAUGCAUUGGAAGUGCGCGUGUCGCCGUUUCCGCUGCCGAGUGUGUGCAACUUUAACGAGAACGAGGACUGGUUUGCAUCGGUCAAGAGCAACUUGUACUGGAACCAGCGCAAGGAAAUCAAACCCUUUCACGACGUUCCGACGUGA